UCUUAAUCAAACUUAAUGCUUCAUAUUCUUGUUUCUUUUUUACUAGUAAUCCAUUAUGAUGUGCUGGAUUUUAACAACCGGUCUUUGGAAUCGUGAGUUUUAUGAGAAGCAAACUAAGCUUACACUCCAUGUCUCCACUUACCUCCCCAUCUGGCUGCAAGAGCUUUCUCCAUCUCAACGAAAAGAUUGCAGAGUUGGAGGAAAGAAUCCACAAACUCUAUUAAAUCCACGUGGCAGAAAAACAUUUGGACACAGGGCCUCCACAGGCUGAGGCUCUGAGGAGCGGCUGGUGCUGUUCGAGGCUAUUCACAUGGCACCUGCACCGCGCCCUGUAACCGCGGGCCAGCGGCCUUAUCCAUCGCUCCCUCCUCCUCCUGCACUGGUCUCCAGCCGACUUUACACCAUGUCCGCCCUGCAAAGAGGUAACAGGUGCCGGUCUGGAGGAGGAACAGGCUGUCCGGACCAAAAGUCGGAUUGUGUCCUCUCACCACCAUCGAAGCUCCAUUGGCGGCCCGUUGCCUUGCACCUUCUGAAAGCGUCCAGGCUGCUCCAGGAUAAUGCUGCCGCUGAGUUCUUCCUCAGACAUCAGGAUCCACAUGGGAACUAACGACAUGACGCCUUUUACCACCUUCACACCUUCCUACAAAGACAAAUCUUCCAGACUAUUACAAGGUAUGGAUGGACCUGGCGUAUGAUCUGGAUCAUCUGAUAGAGUCUCGUAAACUACGUGAUCUGGUUCGUAAGAUGCCGGUCUUGAGCACUCAUCUCCUGAGUAACCAUCGGGAGCUCAGGCUGGCUCAUCUAGCUCUGGGUUUCAUCAGCAUGGGAUAUGUAUGGCAGGAAGGACAACAUGCACCUGCAGAGAUUCUCCCAAAAGCCCUGGCCUGGCCUUUUUGGCUGAUAUCUCGCAGGCUUUGCCUCCCACCCAUCCUGACCUAUGCCGACUGUGUUUUGGCCAACUGGAAAUUAAAGGAUCCUUCAGGGGAAAUGGAAGCUGGGAACAUGGACUUGAUAUUUUCCUUUCCUGGUGGAGAGAGCUGCCGGGGAUUUUUCAUAGUGUCACAGUUGGUCGAGAUGGCUGCCAGUUCAGGCAUAACGGGGGUCCUGGAGGUGAUGCAUGCGACCAAAAUCUCAGACCUCAUCGGCAUUCAGAAAGGUCUUGCCAAAGUGACUCAGUCUUUGAAGAAGAUGAAGGAAACUUUCAAGCUCAUGCACAAUCAUGUGGAUCCGACUGUGUUCCAUGGAAAAUUAAGAAUAUUUCUUUCAGGGUGGCGAGAUAACCCUCUGCUUCCAAGAGGGCUGUUAUAUGAAGGUGUGAGCGAUGAGCCAAUUUUUAUAUCAGGCGGCAGCGCGGCCCAGAGUUCAGCCAUUCAGUGUUUUGAUGCUCUGCUGUGCAUCCAGCAUGAGGAUGAGACAGGUGCCUUCCUGACACGCAUGAGGGAUUACAUGCCCCCCGCCCACCGACAUCUGAUAGAAGCUCUCUCUGUCGGCCCAUAUCUGCGAGACUUCAUCCAAUCUCACCCUAGUCCUGACCUCUGCCAGGCCUACAAAUCCUGUGUCUCAGCCCUGGUGGAUUUACGUAACUAUCACCUCAAUACUGUGACCAAAUACAUCAUAGUGCCUGGAAAUAAGAACCGCGCUCUGGGCUGCCCGUUCAGAGGUGUGUGUACUGCGCUGGACAAGACAGGGGCCGGAGGUUCUGUCAUAAUGGUCUUUCUGAAGAGUGUUCGUAACAACACCCAAAAAGCACAGAUUUUAAGGAGGCCAGUUGUGUCGAGGGAAGCUGAAAUGUAACUGCAUAUAUUAUAAUGUGCACGAUAUCCAACAGACUUCAUACAGCACGCUCUUGAGAUUGUGUUUAUGAAGUUUAUGGAGGAAUUAUCAAAACAUUUUCUGAGUUAACUUGAAUUGUUUUACUCCUCAUGUUGCUGCAUUGAUAUAAAAGUGUACUUAAAGGUGCGGUCACUACACUGUGACAUCACUGUGUGGUGAGGUCAGACUUUUUUUUCUUAAUAUUUUUACUUGAAAAUAACAACUGCUGUGCAUUGAGAGCUCAUUUCUGCCAACAGCAAUGACAAUUUGCACAGUAAAUAUUAAAUACUGAAGUUGAGUGUAAAUGUUUAGGGUAGUGCUGUCAAGCAUUACAUCGAAGUAAUGCAGACCUAUCCUGCAUAACCCUGUUUCUAGAUGCUUAUUUCUAACUUCCACAUUUCAAUUGUACUUUAUCCAUCUCCUUAUAGAGUUUACAUUCACAAAUAUCUUAAUCUGAUUAUCUUGCCACCCUUCUGCCCACUCACUUUUUGACCUUUAUUGAUAGGACAGUGAGAGAGAUAGAAAAUGUAGGGAGUAGAAACUGGAGGAAAACAUGCAGCAAAUGGUCAAGGCUGGGAGACAAACUAGCAACCGAUGCAACGAAGACUAUAGCCUCUGUAUAUGGGGUACAUGCAUAAACUACUAGGGACUAGGCCAAUGGUGCCCCAGUGUUUCUUGAUUAAGUUUAUUGUUAGACACGAGAAUUACGGACGGGUAUAAACCAAGAAAAAAAACGUAUAAAUCGUUAAUGGAUCAUGUACGUCUUUAAGAAUAAAUGAUGUUCUUCUUUCAAAAGAAGAAGAACAAAACGAAGGUCACUCUGAAAGAGCCAAACUGAAUAACAAUCAUUAUAAUCUUGAUCCACUUCUGAAGAACAAGUUACUCCUCCUUGUAUCUGAUGAAUCUAUGCAAAGUGUCCGCUCUCAUACUGCAAGACUCUUCAUGAAAUGAAGUCUUAUGAUGUUCAAAGUUUAAGUCUGUUGUGGCCGAUAGAGCUGCUGUAAACUCCACAGGUUCUUCCACAUACUACCUAAAAUGUUGUCAAAAGUAAAGUUACACAGAAAAUGAAGGUAGAAGUAGAAAAUUGUUCAUGUCUGAGUGCAACUUGCAUUCUAAUGCCCACAUGAUGUUGGGAAACUCUACUGCAGCUUGUUAACUUCCAGUACUUCAUUUGAUUGGCAGGUACUGCUUUUCGUGUUUACUCAACUGCUUUUCGUGUUUACUCAACUGCUGUUAGUUGAAAGUGGCGUAUGACAUCAGACUGUGAUUAUUCUGCAUUGUUUUUUCAUUGAGUUAUAUUCUGUAUUGAUUAAUAAAUCAGCCCUAGUUUAGAGAUGAAA